UGUCUAAAGUGGAUGAGGAGGCCAGUUAUGAAGAGGAAGCCAAAGUGUUUUCUACUUCGACUGUAUCAACUGAGGAGGAUUCUUGCGCAACAAGUCUUCAUCUAAAAGAAAAAAGCAAAACAUUUGAACUCCAGCCAGACUGUAAAUUAUGUUCAGAACCAUUAGAGAAAAAGCCAGAAAAGCCCGUUUUUGUAACUAAAUUCUCAUCAGCAAUUGCAACUGUUGGAAACACAGCUAAGUUUACUGUGACAGUUUCUGGAUUUCCUAGGCCAGUUAUUCAGUGGUAUCACAAUGGCCAAUUGAUACAGUCCUCAUCUUUUUAUACGUUUGUCCAAGAGAAAGAAGAACAUAGUCUUUUCAUUACUAACAUUACCAAAGAGUUGGAAGGAGAGUAUUCUUGCACUGCGAGCAACCGAUUUGGCAAGUCAACAUGUACAUCGUAUCUUCAUGUAAAGGUGAAGGACAUAAAGGAGCAGGAAAAGACUUUUGGGCAGCCUCCAUAUUUCAUCAAAGCAAUUGAGCAUGUCAAGUAUGCAGCCGGUAGCCAUGCUCUCUUUGAAUACACCGUAGCAGGGGUUCCACUUCCUGAUGUUCAGUGGUACAGGGGUAGCAAUCAUAUGCAGCCUAGUAAGUACUGCAUCGUUGUGAACAACACAGAUGGGUCUGGCUAUUUAAAAAUAUUAGGCAUUCAGCAAAGCGACAGUGGUCUUUACUCUUGUAGAGCAUCUAAUCCUCUUGGAGAAACCUCUUGCAGUGCAGAACUCAUUGUAUUCUUGGAGACAUCUUCUGAAGCCACUGAAUCACGUUUCUAUAGUGUCAGUCUUCCAGAACAAGUCAGGACUAGCCUUCAGCAGGGACACCAGAUGAUUUACACCACUAGCACUGAAGACAGGCAAACUGUUACAAGUGAGCAGACCGAUACCUUGCAUGCUUUAGAUAUAUCUGCAGCCACUGUGCACUUGGAGCAGGUAACUCGCCAAGCUACAGUGAUUCAAUCUCAUGAUGUACAGGAGAGAGUAAAAGUUGCCCCUGCCCAGCCAAAGCCAGUGGUGGCAACUCCCCUGAAACAGCUGCAUAUGGCUGCAAUAACCUCUGCUGUUCAAGAAAAACAAGGAUUUACUGAGCAGCACUGUGAUCAAAUUGUUAGUCCAGAAGUACGAGAGCUUGAAUUGAGUGUUGAGGAGCCCUCAAACUUUAUGUCUGCCAUUUCAGAGAGUUCUACACCUCUUAGCAUAGUGAAAGCUAAGGAUUUGAUAAAAAGUGAAACAGAAAAGAUACAAACAACUUCAGAGCCAAAGUUUAUUGUUAGUGGUUCUCAAUUUGAAAUUAAGUUACCGAUUCUACAAGAAGAAUGCACAAAAAUUAAAAGUCCUGAAGAGGAGAAAAGCUACAGAGUUGCAGAAGGGGUUAAGUUAUUGUAUACUGCAAUAUCAUCAGAAAAUGUAGCACUUACAGAAGAUCAUAUUUCAGAGCUAGCAACUGUUGAGUCCAUUGAAUGUUUAGCAGAAAAAGAACAAGCCAAACCAGUGCUUACAUCAGUCAGUGAGACUAAGCACACUCUCUUAAAAGAAAACAACUUUGAAAUGCAUAGACCAGUCAAGGAAACUGCUCAGCUCUCUAAAGAACCAAUAUUAAAAUCAGCCCUGGUUACUGAAGAAAAGAACAAGCUUCAAGCUGACAAAACCACUGGCAUACCUAUACUGGAGCAUCCUUUUUCAGUCCAUUCCCAAAAAGAAGAGGAUCAGGUGCUUCAUUUACAGCUUAUCAGUGAUCAAGACACUCUUCUGUCUGAGGGCAGAUUUACUACUGAGAAGCCAGGUUUCGAGCAGGCGGAUGUCAAGCAAAUGCCAAUUCUUUUGCACACAGUUUCUUCUGAUGACCAGAAAACUGUUUUGUAUGAACAGGCAACACAGUUAGCAUCCAAGGAUACCACAAUUGUUGUAAAGCCUAGAGAAGAGGUUCCUGCCCGAAUACAUCUUCACUCAGUGCAGUCGAAAACCACUUUAUGUAAAGAAGGGUUACUUUCAGUCGAAAAGCCAGAUGAACAG